AUGUUCAGCAUCUACCAGCAACUGAACAAAAAAGAGGACGAAUCUGGGGGAUCACGUCGUGGCUCGGAUGUCACCGGGCACGACCGAUUCUACCGUGAGCCCCCACGAGUGAAAAGAAAAAAGCGGCCCCCAAAUCGCCGGACCCUAAGUGCGAUUGAACUCGACUCGAGUGCGAUGACCUCCGCGAGGAACUACAUCAGGAACAACCGGAGCGCCAGCAUAGAAAGCUCAACUUCUAACGCCAGCAGUUCCUCCAGCAUCAACAAUCUCGAGGACAAGUUCCACUUUGGGAACAAAAUCGACAGUCUGGCUAAAAUUCUCUUCAACAGGGUGUCGAUCACCCGAGCUAGAGAGAGUGAAUUAAGCAAUAAAAAACAUCUCUACGAAUCAUUGGACCAAAGCCCGACAAUCCGCGAGGAAGGAAUUGAAUAUUUAGAAUUAGAAAAACGUUCUAGGGACCAAGCUCUCAAUAUUUGCCAAGUUUUUUUACAAGCUGCCACAAGAUUCACCUUAAUAGAACAGCUCCACAAUAUAGGGUCAAGAGUCGACAAAUUCUGGUUCGCGGUUAAGGACACGCUUCUGAAGACCGACAGAAUCUUAACUUUGACCCCUUUGGGGAAAAACUGCCCGCUGAGCGUCUGCCCGUCGACAAAAGAAAUUCUCAAUAAAUUGUUCCUGUUUAUUCAGCACCCGUAUGUAUGCCCGAUUCUGGACAUUGAGUUUAUUGAAUACGAGGAGGAUAAUUAUGUGGUUGUGCUUCAGCCGAUUAACCACGGCAGCCUUAAAGAUUUAAUUUACGGGGUAAGCCCCGGCCUGCCUUUCCCACAGAUCCAAGUGCUCGGCCGUCAGAUUCUCGAGGCGCUUUUGUUCCUGAAAGAUCGCGGAUUUCCCACAGUCCAUCUCCAUUCCGGGAAUGUCGUGAUCCAGAGCGGUAUGGCGCGAGUCGCCGGGUUGGAAAACUCGCUUCUAGGAUUCACCAGUCGGAUCCACCCGCUAGUCGGGCCUCGAACUCCCUACGGGGCUUCCAUAGAAAGCAUUUGCUUCGGACAUUUACUGUUCGAAAUGACAGCAGGGUACGAAUUGUGUUCAUUCAAACCGUCCAGAGUUCACUAUGAUGACGUAGCUAAAUAUCCAUUGGUUUAUGAGCUAAUGGAAUUUAUUUUUAAUAGUCCAGAAAAUCGAUAUCCCAAAUUAGAGGAGAUUUUACUCCAUGAAUUGUUCCGAAAUAUUGACCUACGUGAAUUGCGACACGCUCCAGUGAAUACAUUUCGUCCAAUUUUGAAUCCGUCUGUCGUAAGGUUGCUCGACGAUAUCAAGCGGCACAACAGUAGAAGAAUUACUAGCAUCGACGAGAUUGAUUUAUUAAUCUCUAUUUAA